AGCCACAAUGCAAACACGGGUGGGGAGCGGAUGGAAUUUUCAUCUGGCUACGCAAUCCCUCUUUUUGACGAUAUCAAUAAACACCGGGAGUUUAUUCGGGAAACGUACCCCGAUGUGGACGCGACCGAAGUUUUCCAGAUGCAUUCCAAUGCGGAUAUUACGUACCGCACACGUCAGGCCCAGGAGGCACUCACCACCAUCCUUGACAUCCAGCCGCGCGACGCCGUCGUGAGCGGUGGCGUGACACGUGAAGAAAAGGUGCUGGGUAUGGCAGACGGAUUUUUGCGGCAGUUGCCAGAGAACUGGAGUGUGGACCGCAAGCUUCACAUUGGCGAUCGCCAACCACUCUCCAUCUUUGCUGGACAGGAGAUUGACCGCCUGAGUGUAACCAUUCGCGCUAUCCGGCAGACGUGUACGAACUUGAAGCUGGCGGUGGCAGGCACCAUUAUUCUUACGCCAGCGCUGCAGGAUGCGCUGGACUACCUUUAUGCCGCGCGUGUUCCACCGUCAUGGGUGGCGGUUGGUUGGCCGUCGCCAAACAUCUCCCUGUGGUUUACAGAGGUCCUGCGUCGCCACGAGCAGCUUGACAACUGGGCCCGCAACGGCCGGCCACCGGUGUACUGGCUACCCGGCUUCUUUAACCCGCAGGGAUUCCUUACUUCUGUGCGUCAGGAGAUCACUCGUAGCCACGCGAAUGAGGCGGUACCGUGGGCUCUCGACAAGGUGGAGGCGCGAACGGAGGUGCGCUCCUCCGAGUUCCGCCCCAACCAAGAGCCGAAGGCGGAGGACCUCAAGACCGAGCGGGGCGAGGUUGUCAUCUACGGCCUCUUUCUCGAGAGCGCCAUGUGGGACAAGUCAAAUAAGCGACUCAAGGACCCACCACCCGGCGAUCUCUUCCGGGAGCUACCGAUGCUGCUCAUCUCGGCGUACAACAAGGACGCUCCGCAGCAAGCGGCAAUCGCGCCCACUAAACCAGGACAAAUGAAGGAGAAGCAGAAGAAGCAGGAGUACUACCGUUGUCCCGUGUACAAGUACCCGACGCGCUCCGAUCUGCACUGGAUCUUCGACGUGAAUCUCCCCGUGGCGGAGGACGACGCGUACUGGCGCAUGCGGGGUGUUGCCCUGUUGGGAUCCACGGAUUAG